CGGCGUACCGGAAGCGGUACCGUGGGAACCCGGCGGGAGCGGCGGAGACGUGUCGAGUGUGAGGCGCCGGGAGCACUUCCGCAGGGCUCUGGGCUAGGAAAGCGGCGGCGGCGGCUGCCUCCCCUUCCCCUCGCGGGGCCCGCAUGCCUAGCAGCGUGGGGCGGCGGCGGCGGCGGCGGCGGCUGGGGGAGCUGGCGGCCGGGGUCCCAGCCAUGGCCGAGCCCGUGCAGCGGCUGCAGCAGCGGGUGGAGGAGCUGGAGCGGGCCCUGGCUCAGGAGAGAAGUCGGCGGGCCGUGGGGGGAGGCGACGGAGGCGGCGGCCGGGUCCGCAUCGAGAAGAUGAGUUCGGAGGUGGUGGACUCCAACCCCUACAGCCGGCUAAUGGCAUUGAAACGAAUGGGAAUCGUAAGCGACUAUGAGAAAAUCCGAACCUUUGCUGUAGCAAUAGUAGGUGUUGGUGGAGUUGGUAGUGUGACUGCUGAAAUGCUGACAAGAUGUGGCAUUGGUAAGUUGCUACUCUUUGACUAUGACAAGGUGGAACUGGCCAAUAUGAAUAGACUUUUCUUCCAACCUCAUCAAGCAGGAUUAAGUAAAGUUCAAGCAGCAGAAUAUACUUUGAGGAACAUUAAUCCUGAUGUUCUUUUUGAAGUACACAACUACAAUAUAACCACAGUCGAAAACUUUCAACAUUUCAUGGAUAGAAUAAGUAAUGGUGGAUUAGAAGAAGGAAAACCUGUUGACCUAGUUCUUAGCUGCGUGGACAAUUUUGAAGCUCGGAUGACAAUAAAUACAGCUUGUAAUGAACUUGGGCAAACGUGGAUGGAGUCUGGGGUCAGUGAAAAUGCUGUGUCAGGGCAUAUACAGCUCAUAAUUCCUGGAGAAUCUGCUUGUUUUGCGUGUGCUCCACCACUUGUAGUUGCUGCAAAUAUUGAUGAAAAGACUCUGAAACGAGAAGGUGUUUGUGCAGCCAGUCUUCCUACCACUAUGGGAGUGGUUGCUGGGAUCUUAGUUCAAAAUGUGUUAAAGUUUCUGUUAAAUUUUGGUACUGUUAGUUUUUACCUUGGAUAUAAUGCAAUGCAAGAUUUUUUCCCUACUAUGUCCAUGAAGCCAAAUCCUCAGUGCGAUGACCGAAAUUGCAGGAAGCACCAAGAAGAAUACAAGAAAAAGGUAGCAGCAUUGCCCAAACAGGAGGCUAUUCAAGAAGAGGAAGAGAUAAUACAUGAAGACAAUGAGUGGGGUAUUGAGUUGGUAUCUGAGGUUUCAGAAGAGGAACUAAAAAAUUCUUCAGGUCCAGUUCCUGACUUACCUGAAGGAAUUACAGUGGCAUACACAAUUCCCAAAAAGCAAGAAGAUUCUGUAGCUGAGGUAACUGUGGAAGAUUCUGGUGAAAGCUUGGAAGACCUUAUGGCCAAAAUGAAGAAUAUGUAGAUAAUGGACUGACCUAUUAUUUCCUGAGUUUAAGCCUACUCUCUUGCAAUUAAAAAAAAAAAAAAAGAAAGAAAGAAAAUUUUUUUUUUAAGAAAACCAA